CUCGCCAGAGACAAAGUUCACUUGUAAAAUACUAAAUAACUAAGUAAAAAAUAAUGUAUCAUCGCUUGGUUUGGUUAGUAACUUUGAUUAUUCUAUUGUUCACUGGAUCAUCAACUACAGCUCUCGCUCGGAUACCAUACCAAUCAUCCAUGACAAAACAUGGAGAAAGGGUUUGGGAUCAAAAGAUGAUUGGAGAUAUCAAGAUUGACGUAGGAAGCAGUAAUUCGAGGCCAUCACGUCAAAAAGAUCGCCCAAGUCCGCCAGGCGCCAACAUGUAGCUAAACGAAUAUGUAUCAGAGUUACGCAUUGUUUACCUACGCAGUAUAAAAAGUAUGACGUUUAUGCUAUAAGAAAACAUGUCCAACGAAAGUUAUUUUCUUUUGUAUAACAAAAUCGAGAUUUAUUGUAAAACAUCUAUGUUUUUCAUAAGUAAAAGUAUAUGAACAGAGUAAAUUUAGAAAAGGA